GUCUCUCGAGACACUAAAGAAGAAAAAGGAGACAACUUUGAUUGAAUAUAAAAGAAAAAGACAGUUUCUUUUUUCAAAAUUUCAAAACUUUCUUUUCUUCAACAUACAUACAUAUAUAUACAUUAAAAAUUUAGUCUUGUGAUAUAUUGUAUAAAAGGGUUGAUUUAUAUUUAUACACAGAAAAAAGUUCAGUGAUUAUCUCAACCCAACUCUGUCUUUUUCCUUUUCUUUCUCUCUCUUCUUUGUUUGGCUCCUAGUAAGAGUAUUACACUCAUCUUUCUUCAUCAAGUCCUGGAUUUUGGUCAGGAAUCUGUUACCCUUUUCUUAUCCCAACUUUCAUUUUGAAGGGUUUCCUUUGUUUUCUCCUGAUAUGCUCAACUGAAAUGAAAGUUUCGAUUUUUACUUUUGUUUAAUGAGUUUUUAGAGAUAUGGGUUAUUUGAAGUAUGAGAUGAUGUUCUUCUUCUUCAUGGGUUUGGUGUUGAUUUUCAAGGCUCCAUUUUGUAAUGGAUUGACUGACCCAGGAGAUGUUGUGGCUAUGAAUAACUUGUACAUUUCUUUAGGCUAUCCUCCUCUUAGAGGAUGGCUUCUUGUUGGUGGAGACCCAUGUGGUGAAAAUUGGGAAGGAGUUGAAUGUGUUUUCUCAAAUAUAACAUCAAUAAAUCUUAGUAAUGCUAAUUUGGGAGGUGAAUUGGGUGAUAGCUUGCAAUUCCUUGGCUCAGUUAUACAUUUAGAUUUCAGUAACAAUCAUAUUGGAGGGAUUAUUCCUUCUGCUUUGCCUCCAACCGUCCGAAAUUUUUCUCUUUCGGGUAAUCAGUUUACAGGAAGCAUCCCAAUCGCCUUCUCAACCUUAAGUCAGCUGUUGUACUUGUUGAUCGAUAACAAUCGUCUUGUUGGACCUAUACCAGAUGUAUUUCAGCAGCUUACUAGCUUAGUGAUUCUGGAUUUAUCAACUAACAGCUUAGAUGGGCAAUUGCCUCCCUCAAUGGGAAAUAUGUUAGCACUUUCAACACUGCACUUGCAGAACAACCGGCUUGGUGGUACUCUUGAUGUCUUACAAGAUCUUCCCCUUCAAGACUUGAACAUAGAGAACAAUCUAUUCUCAGGGCCAAUUCCCCCCAAGUUGUUAACAGUUCCAAAUUUCAGAAAAGAAGGAAAUCCAUUCAAUACAACAAUAAUUUUAUCGCCGUUGGAAGCACCUACUCCAUCACCAUCAGCACAAUCUCCAACUUCUUCUGAAGAACUACCUUGGAAACGUCCCAUUGGACCUUCUUCUCCCAUCAAAACAAUGCCCGGUCAAUCUAAGAAGUUCUUAACUGCGAAGGCGAUCAUUUGGAUUGCGAUUGCAGGGGUUUCGAUAGUUAUUGCAUUAUUACUAUGCAUUACAUUAUCAAGAUGUGUUAGAGCAAAACGAAGGGAUAAAAUUGCUAAAGAACAAUACUUUGAUUCCUACAAGAGUUCAAGUGAGAAGCCUAAACCCGACGAAUCUUCAAAUGAGACUCUUGUUCGGCCACAAGAAAGAACAAGUUUACCACCGAAGCUGCAACAUCAUGACCAACAACGCUUCAUGAAUUCGAAAAGAAGUGUUCGAAGUUCAAAGGAUAUGAGGGAUAGUGAGAUUGACAUGACAGACACAGAAGAUGAUAUUUUUCUCCCACCACCUCCUCCACCGCCUUUUUCAGUUGAGAAUAGUGGACAAAUCCCGGGAGUACCUUCCUCAAUCGAACGUCCUUUGCAUUCUCAACACUUGAAUUCAAUGAGAGUGUUCACCAUUGCAUCACUUCAGCAGUAUACAAAUAGUUUCUCCCAGGAGAAUUUUCUUGGAACGGGAAUACUUGGUAGCGUCUAUAAGGCCGAGCUUCCUGAUGGAAAGCUUCUGGCAGUGAAGAAAUUGGAUUACAACAAUAAUAUAGCGAUUAAGCAACGAAGUGAUGAAGAAUUCUUCGAAUUGGUGUCAAAUAUUUCCAAACUUCAACAUCCAAAUAUUGUGGAGCUCGUUGGUUACUGCGCUGAGCACGGUCAGCAGUUGCUUGUGUAUGAGUAUUGCUUAAACGGGACUCUUCAUGAUGCAUUGCAGAUUCACGACGAAAUCCAUAAAAAGCUUUCGUGGAAUAGGCGAAUUCAGAUAGCACUUGGAGCUGCAAAAGCCUUAGAGUAUUUGCAUGGAGUUUGCCAACCGCCAGUAGUUCAUCGAAAUUUCAAAUCGGUUAAUCUUCUUCUUAAUGAAAAGCUCGAAACCCUUGUCUCGGAUUGUGGAUUGGCUCCUUUGCUUUCAUCUUUCACAUUGAGUCAAAUGUCUGGAGGCCAUAAUUCGUACGGUUAUAGCGCGCUAGAAUUUGAAUCAGGUAGUUACACUUGUCAGAGCGAUGUUUACGGUUUUGGAGUUGUUUUGUUAGAACUACUCACGGGGCGAAAAUCCUAUGACAGGUCAAGGCCUCGCGGGGAACAAUACCUAGUUAGAUGGGCGGUCCCUAAGCUUCAUGAUAUUGAUGCAUUGUCAAGGAUGGUUGAUCCUUCUCUUAAUGGAUCUUUUUCUAUGAAAUCUUUGUCAAGAUUCGCCGAUAUAAUCUCCUCAUGCAUACAGAGGGAACCCGAAUUUAGGCCUCCAAUUUCUGAGAUUGUCCAAGAACUGUUGCAAGUGAUUUAGAAAAGGCGCGGUUUAUUAACCGAUUAAGCGUUGACUUUGACCGAGUGAUUUUGUGUGUGCAAAUUGUAUGUUUAGUUUUGAUCAAGUUUAGAGUGAGUUUUUCUAGUGGGAAAUUCAUGAUCUAAAUUGUGUUUAAACAUAACAAUGUAGUAAUUAUUUUUUUCAAGUGAGUUGCUAAUGAUUCUUUGUGGAUAUUGUUAGUUAUGAAGUGUUUGGUAAUGUUGUAAAAAUACAAAAGAAAAAUUAAACUAAUUAAUGUGAGUGUUUUUAUUUAUUA